GAUAAACAUCAUCAAAGAUAUCAAAUUCUUGAUGAUAAAUUAUGACUGAAAUUGUUUUAUCAUCAUCAUUAACAAAUAAUAAUCAUCAAUCGAAUACAAUCAUAAUGUCAUCACAAUCAUCACCGGACACAAGUCCACAACAUCCAUGGCCAAUGGUUCCAGUAUUGCAAACAUUAACCGUUUUAUCGGAUGGUGAAGAAGAACAAAUGGAACAAAAAAUGGGUAUUGAAAAUGGUUUAGGUAAUGGUGGUUAUUCUGUUGGUAAUAAUAAUAAUAAUACAGUAACGGGUUUAUCAAUGACUAAAAUGGCUAUUGAUAAUGUUGUACAACAUCUUCAUCAACAACAGCAACAACAACAACAACAACAUCAAAGACAAUCAUUAAUUCAUAAUCAAUCUAAACAACAUUCAUUAUCAAAUAGUCAGAAACGUAAAGUUGGACGACCAAUUACAUCGGUAAAAACGAUGAAUAGUAGAUCAUUUCCAGCUGUAGAUGAAAUUCGUGCCAAAUUAGAAGCAGGUGAAUGUUAUGUACGACCACGUGCAUCAAGUUCAUCAUCAGAUGUUUGGGCAUUAUUUCAGGAAGUUGCCUAUAAAGAUAAUCAUGUAUUUACCGGUAUUGUACAAUGUAAAACAUGUCAUUUUUUAACACGUUAUCAUGGCCAAAUAACUGGUACAUCACAUAUGCGUCGUCAUCAUUGUUUUUCAUUAUUAUUUCCAAAUUCAACACCAGCUAAUCGUAAACCAAAAAUCAAUAAUAAUAAUAAUAAUAAUGCAAUUCCAAUACAAUCAUCAAUUAAUAAUGGAAAUAAUAAUAAUCGAUCAAAUGGUGUCAAUACAACAACAUUCAAUAUUUCGGAUGCUGAUUCAACAACACCACGAAUGUUAAAAAGAAUAAAAAAAGAUUCAACAACAACAACAACAAUAGCCGGACGACAAAUAUUUAGUAAUAAUCAUUUAAAUUUGAAUGAUACAACAACAGCAACAUUAUUAUCAUCACCAACAACAACAACAACGUUAAAUAAUCAAACAACAAAUGCUCAUAUAACUAUACAUCCAGCAUUACCAAAGAAAAAAUUUAAAAAUCAAUCACCUGUUGGUAUUAGUGGUGGUGUAAUUCACCAUGCAACCGAUACACGAUCAUUAAUAUCGAAUGGUGGUAUGGCCGUUACAAUGACAACCAAAUCACCAUCACCAUCAUCAUCAUCGGCAUCAUCAUCAUCAUCAGCAUCAUCACAAUCAAUGUUACAUCCACGAUCAUCGAAUAAUAAUGGAUAUAAUUCACCAUCAUCAUCAGCAACAACAGCAACAAAUACGACUACAAUAAAUGGUCAACGAAAUAUACAGCAUAUUCGUCAAGAUCUUCGUGAACGAAUUGUACAAUUUUGUGCUGAAGAAUUAAUACCAUUACAAUCGAUUAUUAGUGAUUCAUUUAAAUCUAUAUUACAAUCUUAUCUUCGUCUUUGUACACAACAAGUUUUACAACAAUUUUAUCAACAGCCACAACUUUUAAAUGUUGCAACAACAUUAUCAUCUUGUAUAAAUCAUCUUCCAGUACAAUCACCCGAUCUAGAACAAUUACAAUCAUAUCAAUUGCAAUUAUAUAGACAAUGUUUAGAUCGUAUUCGAUCGGAUGUCAAUACGAAUCUUGAUGAAAAUCCAGGCUCAGCUUUAGUCUGUGAUUCGGAUAAUGAUGCCUGUAUAAUGUCUGUACAUUAUGUGGAUUCACGUUGGCAAUUAACUGAAGCUAUUCUUUCGGCAUCCGGUAUGGUUGUCGAUAUUAAUCGAUUUGUUGCUCGUACUCUUGAUGAUUAUAAUCUUCAAGAUCGUAAAAAAUUAGGUAAAUUUACAUUCGUAUCGCAUGGAGGUCAAUUUGGUGGCGUAUCCGUUUGUCUUAGUUCGAUGGCACAUAUUGUCGAUAAAGUAGUGGAAGAAUCGAUGGCUAUCGUAACCGAUAAUGAAGAUUCUUCACAUCCAUUAUUAGAACUAUUCGAUUCAUGCCAUAAUAUUGCUAUUCGUUUAAAUUUACAGCCAAUAAUUGAACAGGCUAAUCCAUAUGAUGUUGAUUGGAUUGGUAAAUAUGAACUAUUGAAAGCAAUCGAUGAUAAUAGCCAAUCGAUUGAUGAUCAAGAUAAAUCAAUUGAUUUUAAAUUAAUAUCCAUAUUGAUCAAAUUAUUGGAACCAUUUCGUACGGCAUCAAAUGAAUUAAGACAAUGUUCAAAUCAUCCAACACUUUGUCAUGUAUUGUUAUAUUUUUAUAAAUUGAAAAAAGUUUUAUCAUCCACACAACAUAUAACUGGCCUUAUAAAUAAUAAUAAUAAUAAUAACCAGAAUAAGAAUAUAAAUAAUAAUAAUCAUAAUGCAAGACGAAAUAGUAAAUCAACGAAAAAAAUGAAAAAUAAUACAACAAGUAGUGAAUCGGAUUCUGAUUCGAAUGAAGAAAAAGAAACAUUUGAUUCAUUGAAUAAUAAUACGGGUGAUAAAAAUAAUGAUGAAAAAUCUAACAAAAAUGAUGACGAUAAUGAUGAUGAUGAUGAUGAUGUUGAUGAGAAUAAAGAUCAAAUAAAUCUAAAUCGAUUAAUACAAAAUCUUCGACAAGCAUUAAUGGAUAAUUUAGAAAAAUAUUAUAAAGUACAAUCAUUGCAUAGGAUAGCAACAUUUUUAUGGCCAAAUUUUCGAUUAUUAAAAAUGUUAACAUCAGAUGAACAAAAAGAAGUACAUGAAGAUGUAAGAAAAUUAAUACAAACUAGAGUAAAAUGUACAAAUAAUUUAAAUAAUUCAAAUAAUGGCCAAAUAACAAAUGAUUGUGGUAUUGGUGAUAGUCAUAAUGAUGGUGAUGAUCCAGAUAAUAAUAAUAUUAAUAUGGAUAUAUCUAAUGGUAAUGGCAGUAAUGAUAAUUUGAAAAAUAAAUCCAAAUCAAAUUUUGAUGAAUGGGAAAUAUUUUCCGAUGAAGAUCAAGAUGAAGUGGAUAAAUAUUUAUCCGUACAAUUAACAUCUUGUUCAGAACAUUUUGUAUUAAAUUGGUGGCGUGAACAUUCACAAGAAUUUCCAAAAUUAUCACAACUUGCUAAAUGGAUAUUAUCUAUACCGGCAUCAGUUACAACAAGAGAAAGAUUUAAAAUUACGAAAAAUUGUCAAAUUGAUGAUAUGUUAUUAUUUUUACAUUGUAAUAUGAAAACUGAAAAAUUUGAUCUAGCCACAUUGAAACGAUCAUUAAAACAACAAUCAUCAUCAACAUCUAAAUCAAAAAAUCGAAAUUCCAUCAAUUCAAAUAAUUUUAAUGUAUCAGCAGCUGCUGUUGCAGCAGCAGCAUCUUCAAGUUUAAUUGCCAAUUAACCAAACUGAAAAUCAUCAUUUUUGUUGUGUUGACCUCAUUCAUUUUUUUCCAAGAAAAAAAAUUGUUCUUCAAUAUAGAAUUUUCCUAUUGUAAUGAUUCCAUGUUUUUUUUGAAAAAAUAAUUCCGUAGUCAUAUUCUACAGACAUUAUUAUUCAUUUAUAACAGAAUUUGUUUUUCUUUUCUUUUUUUGAAAUUUUUACG